AUGAAGUCUAUUAUCCUCGGACCGUUGGGCCUUCUGGUCGCCUUCUGCUGUCUGUAUCAACCUACAGGUGAGCGCUCAUUCUCGAAGUGUUCAUAUUCGAAAUAAUUUUUAUUUCAGAUGCCGCCCUUGCCGCCAUGUCGAUAGACUUAGGCAGUCAAUUCAUCAAAAUCGGAUUGGUGAAGCCAGGUGUGCCCAUGGACAUUGUGCUGAACAAGGAAUCUCGGAGAAAGACACCGAACGUGAUUGCAUUCAAGAACGAUGAAAGAUUCUUUGCCGAAGCUGCCGCUGCGAUGGUAUUUAGACCAGAAGGACCGUUUCAUUCUAUAUCUUUUUCAGUCGUCAUCCCAUCCACAAUCGUCCUACAAUUUCCUGCUAUCGUUGAUCGCCAGAAAGGAAGGAGACGACGCCUUCACUACCUUCAAAAAGACGUAUCCGUUCACGGCGUUUGAAUUUGACGAGACCCGCAAGACGGUCAUAUUCCCUUACAAGUAAUUUGAACAAACAUUUAUUCAAAGACCCAUCCGAUUCAGAGAGGAGAAGUACAACGUUGAAACCCUUCUGGCUAUGAUUUUAUGGAACGCUAAGAAAGUCACUGAAGCUUACGCCGACCAGACCGUUAAAGUGGGUUUUAUAUUUAAGAAACGAAAAAAUGAAACUCUACGGGGAAUGAUGAUGGAGUCACGAGAGGGGAUGA